CAAGAACUCAGUCAUCAUCCAAAGAGGAGACCAUCAAGCAAAGGACUGGUUCCUUCUUCAGAGAGGGGAGAAAAGAGGCGCUGGUAUCAAAUCCCACUCUCUUCCCACUGGAAGCCUGUCUCAGGACUCUUUAGUAAUAGAUUUCAGUCAAGUCUGAUGGAGUACCAGCAAUUACGGGAGCUGAAGAAGAUGAAGGUUGGAAAGCCAUUCUCUUGUUUUUCUGUCCCUGCUACUACCCAGAAACAAUUCCAAGAUGGUGACAGGGCAAGGGAUAAAACCACUAAGGGUUCAAGGACACCUAGAGGUCGAAAGAGCAGGACAGCUACUCCUCACCAGGAAGCUUCCCAGUCAAAUCCAAGAGCUUCAUCUAGUCAAUUGCCUGAUGAGCAACAUGGAUUCUAUGGUGGCUUACUGACACAGUGCCUUUUCCAUCAGUCUUGGGGCCAGGACAAUCCAAUUUCUGAUGGGACCCAGGAUCACCACAAGAAACUGAAGAUGGACACCCCUAGUGCCUUAGAUGAACAUUCCCAGCAGGCCUCACAACCCACCUGGCCCAGCCCCUCAAGGAAUACCAGCACCUUUCCCUUGACUGAUGAGGGGUCUGGUGACUUAUUUCCUAUAGACUGGAGCCCUCCGCCAAUUGAAUUCCUGUACCAAAAGCCCCCCAACCCUAGUCCCUCACCACCCCCAAACCUCCCACAAGCCUUAGAGAAUAAUACUGAGGACGGUGUAGCCUUUGAUAUGGAAGAGCUGGAGGCAACUUUGGAGCAGGACAGAGAAAUCGCCAAGGUGGUAGAAUCCACAGAGUUGAGUCUGUCUCCAAAGACAAAAAUUGAAGAGCCUGAGAACCACGAGGCUUUAUCAUACUCUCAGGAAACCCCAUUCCAAAUCCAUUCUGGCAGCUGCCUUUCAGAAUCCUCAGAUAAUCUGAGUGAGGAGGCCCUGCAGCUUGACUCUGACCCUGAGGAAGCAUUGGUGACAUUGGAGGAGCUGUUCCAAAACAUGGCAGGCCCUGGUUGGCAGAUGGCAACACCAGCAUUUGAGCCCCAUGACUCAGAAAGCAUAGAGGACCCCUCUCUUCAGCCUCCAGGGUUAUCUGCAUGGCUUGACUCCAGGAUUCCAGAUGGAUAUGUCAAUAGUUUAUAUUACUUGCUACAGGAGAAGAAGAAACAGAACCUGGGGAGAGAUGAGUGGGAAAAGCCACUUCUGGGAAGUGACCCUGCAGGUGACCCUAGCCUUGCUUCUCCGGAGAAACCUCAGGAUGAAUAUGGAAUGCUUACACAUGAGCACAGGCUGCUGGUGAAGAAAUUCUGUGUGAAGUUAUAUAUGAUCCCAACCCUUCAUCCAGGUGAGGCUGUGUUUUUGUCUCAGAACCACUUCCUGUCUUUUACCCUGGACCGUACCAGUCUGGUACCUCGGAACAGUCUGGAAGAACUCUUUUUCAACUUCACAUUUGCAGAGCAGGUAUCCUUCCUACGAAAAGGGCUCCUUGGUUAUCUCUAUUUGCAAACUCCCAGCUGCCCUGUCCCAGUUCUCCAGUGGCUCUUCCAGCUUCUGACAUGGCCAUUAGAGAUUUCAUCGAGAGCCUUCAGAGUCCUGUGGGAUCUCAGCAUGAAUGGAAUCUCCCGGCAAGUUGGUAGAGAUAAUACCCAUGUGUGGUGCCCGAAACUACAAGAGAUUAUCAUGGCUUUUCAGAGCCUGGGAGGAAGAGGCUCUAACUUGUAUUCCAAAGCAUCUCUUCAGCUUAAGCUCUCUGUCCAUGAUAAGAGGGUCGGUGAGACUAUGGGUUCAAGAGAGGAAAAGGGUUCCACACCAGAGUCUGAGCUGGAAACUAGCCUUAGCUACAUCUGUAAGUUCCUGAUGUUGUGUGUCAUGGCCCAACCCGGCGCUUACACAGAUGGGGAACUGCUCAGCCUGAUGUACCUGGUAUGCCGAGCCAGUCUGGAUAGACAGUUACGCCUACUACCCACUACUGACCUCCAGCAGCUCCUGCUCUUGUUACUUGAGGAUGUUAAAGACUGGCCAGAGAAGCUGCCAGAGCUGUGCUGCAUGUUGAGCUGGGUGUCUGAUCACCAUCACAACCUGCUGGCUGCGGUGCAGCUUGUCCUGGAUGUUACUACCCGUGGCAGGCAGGUUCGAAGCCAACUCAGCCUUGUGAUCAUUGCCCGUCUACUGGGACAGACAGAGGUUCUCCCCCUCUGGAAGGAGAGAGCCCAGCUGUCCUUGCUCUGCCGUCUCCUGGGACUCAUGAAACCAUCUUCCUUAGGGCAACACUUGACUGCCUGCUCACCAGCCUUGCAAAACCAGAAUCGACAGCUAGAAGUCAACACGGAGCUAGAUCAAAAGGUCUGCUAUCUGUGCCAUAGCCUCCUGAAGCUGGCUGGGGUGGUCGUUGGCAGCCAGAGCAUCACUAGAGACAAGUGGGGUGAGCUGCAACAGCUGUGUGUGCAGUUGGAGUGGCAGGUCACCACACACAUCCAUGAGAGCCCUCAGGCCAUGUAUCGGACCAAACUCAAGGACCUGGCAGCCCAGAUGUACAUCCGUUGGCAGGAGCUCCUGACCCAGUGCAGGCCCCCGGACCAGUACUACAACCCCUGAAAAAAGACCCAAAGUGGAGCUGGGACAGAGCUUUUUGGCACAGGCUGGAAGACUAACAGAGGCAUUGACUCAGGGAAAUGAAGGAGGCAGGGGAGAAGUCAGGGGCCAGAACAGCACCUCAAUCCCAGCCCUGUGGAAUGAGCCUCUGCAGCUUCAGCUGAUAACCAUACUUCAGUCCCUGACAUGCAUCAUGGAACUCUGCCUCUCCUCUGGCCCAACUUCUCUUAUUAUAACUGAGUCUUCUGUUUGCCCACAUGUUGACCUCUCUCAGCUGCUCCCAGGCCCCUAUUCCUAUCCAUCCCAGUUUUUAAUCCUUUCUGU